GCAAAUAACAUGGAGAGCAUGGGCCUGUGGGCACCACUGGUCGAUCAGCUGAACCAUGCCGAGGCGGAGAUGAGACGGAUGGCAGCGUGGUGCUGCGGAACCGCCGUCCAGAACAACGUUAAGAGUCAAGAACGACUGCUUGCGGUUGGAGGCGUGCCGAAGUUAGCAAAGCUUGCUACGGACGAUAACAACCAGGCGGUCCGGAAGAAGGCCGUGUCUGCAUUAAGCAGUCAAGUGAGGAAUUACCAGCCGGCACUUGAUGAGCUGGAGCAUUGCCUGCCGGAUGAUGUAUGGAAGCGGAAAGGUCUGGAGGCGAGCGAAAUGGAGUCGGUGGAUGAGCUGAUUUCGAAGUUACGAGACUACGCCGCAAGAUGAGCGCCGGACCGGGUCAAUCGUUUACACUGCAGAUCUUAUGAACGGAUUUAUGUCGUGUAACGACCCAUGCUUCGUCAAUCAACACCAUCUCGCGCAUGAACAGCUGGCUAUCUCAUCAAGGUUGAUGACUGCCAAAUACAUUCAGAUCAAGCGUCCGCUCUGAGCUUGAUUGAUCGCAUGAAGAUCGAUCAGUCUCGCUAUAAUUGUAGAGGAGCGUCGAAUCAAAUCUGUUAAUAGCUCCCUUAUUUAAUGACUUCUGGUACCAUCCAUUGAAAACUUGAUAGCAAAUUCGUCGUCAAGACAUUUGGUCAUGCU